CCCGGCGGUCCCAAGCUAGGAGUGAGUUGCGCCUUCGUCCUGUCCCACCACUCCACUUCCACCACUCGAUCAGCGAAGUACGUCUGAAGCGCGCCCACCGCCGUCUCCCCAACAUCAUCGCCUCCCUCCGGCUCUACUAUACCGGCCGAUCCCCGAGCUCGACCUCUCGUUCCAUCCACCCCGCAAGCGGCGAGGCUACCAUCGAUCGGCGGCACGGGCCAGCUUCACCCCGCACCCCAGCAUCUAACCCACUAUGUUUGAAAAGUCGCUAUACGACCUGAUCCGCGGACUGCGGUCCAACAAGGGCAACGAGCGGAACUACAUGCUCGAGAGUCUCAAGGAAUGCCGGGCAGAAGCGAAAUCGCAAGACCUGGACAUCAAAGCGACCGCGAUCCUGAAGCUGAUCUACCUCGACAUGUUCGGGCACGACAUGUCGUGGGCCAGCUUCCACGUCCUCGAGGUCAUGAGCUCGCCCAAAUUCCGGCAGAAACGUGUGGGGUAUCUGGCGGCAGUGCAGAGCUUUAGGCUAGAGACCGAUGUAUUAAUGUUGACCACAAAUUUGAUCAAGAAAGACCUCUUCUCCCCCUCCGUUCCAGAGAUGUCACUCGCCAUGAACGGGCUCUCGCACAUAGUCUCUCCAUCGCUGGCGGCAGAUCUAGCACCCGACCUGGUCUCGAAACUCACGCAUUCGUCACCGCACGUGCGAAAGAAGGCGAUCCCAGUGCUAUACAAGUGCUUCCUACAGUCGCCGGAGCUGCUACGUACGUGCUGGCCGCGGUUGCGGGAGUGUCUGAACGAUGAGGAUAGCAGCGUGGUGUCGGCUACGGUCAAUGUCGUCUGCGAGCUGGCAAGGAGGAACCCAAAAAAUUAUCUGCCGCUGGCUCCGCAGCUGUUUAAGCUCCUGACUGAUGGGGGGAACAACUGGAUGACCAUCAAGCUCAUCAAGCUGUUCGCAACUUUGACACCAUUAGAACCGCGCCUGGUCAAGAAAUUGGUCCCGCCUAUCACUAAUCUGAUCCGAACCACACCAGCUAUGUCUCUGCUCUACGAGUGUAUAAGCGGUCUGAUUAGUGGCGGCCUACUGGAGAGUAUGAAAGAUACGGAUGAAGGCGAAGAGCUGGCUUCCGUCUGCGUGACCAAGCUGCGUGGGUUUUUGGUCGAAGGUGACAGCAACUUGAAAUACGUGGGACUGAUAGCAUUGACAAAACUCGUCAAGACCCACGCACACCUUGUCUGUCUACACCAUGACGUGGUCCUAGACUGCAUCGACGACGACGAUAUCUCCAUCCGAUACCGCGCGCUCGAACUAGUCGUCGGGAUGGUAAACUCGGAUACGCUCUCGACGAUCGUGGGGAAGCUGAUGCGGCAACUGAAACCCACGGCCAACCAGGAGUUCGUAGAGCUGGAGGGGGCUGAGGAGAUUCCCAGCGAGGAUGAGGACGAUAUGGAGGAACAAGUGAUGCACCCUCGGAAAGUCAAGAAGGGCGAGAUGGCGCCGUUGGAGCUUCCAGAGGAUUACAAGCACGCGAUUAUCACUAGGAUCUUGGAGAUGUGCAGUCGGGAGAUGUACGUCAAUAUCUCGGAUUUCGAAUGGUACAUCGAUGUGCUUCUGCAGCUUGUGCGAUACGCACCAGCUGUUCAGGUAGUCGAUGCUGGCGCCGAUGAGGAGGAGGGGCAGGAGGACGAACAGGAGGAGCUGAUCAGGAGACGAGACGUUGGUGAGAAUAUCGGGAAAGAGCUGCGGAACGUGGCUAUCAGAGUCAAAUCUGUCCGUCAGGAGGCUGUGAGAUGUGCAGAGAUGCUGGUCAGCGGACGGGAUGGUGUCUUCCCGGCGGCUGGUGGUGGUGGAAAGCGAGUGCUGGGAGCUGCUGGAUGGAUCGUCGGAGAAUACGCAAGUCUGCUCACCGAUCCAGCCUCGACAUUUGACGCUCUAGUCCAGGCCUCAUCGAGAUACCUCCCGUCCGAUAUCCUCGCCGUCUACAUCCAAGCCAUCGCAAAGAUCUAUGCAGCACUCACGGGCUCCGACAGCAUUUCCUGGGUUCCUGAGCGCAAGGCCUACGUGACGCUCCUCACCGAGCGUAUAAUACGCUUCCUUGAGCCACUCGCUACCUCCCCUAAUCUCGAAGUGCAAGAGCGCGCUGUCGAGUUCCUAGAACUCUUCCGUCUCGCCCUCGAGGCCAUAGCCGCCCAACCCGCAUCCUUCGACACAGACACAGAACAAUACGAUCCUCCCCUCCUCCUCACCCAGGCCAUACCCUCCCUCUUCUACGGCCAAGAACUAAACCCCGUUGCGCAACGCGCACAACGCAAAGUCCCGCUUCCCCCGGGCCUAGACCUGGACGAAGCCAUCAACCCGAACCUCGCGGACCUCAUUGUCGCCGCAGAUUACAACCCCACGCUCGCCGGCGAAGACGACAAAGAGGACGAAGACUUCCGCGCAUACUACUACACGAAGCCCUCCGCCACUGCCACCAAGUCCUCCCAGCCCGCCUCCCUAGGAAUCGACUCUGCCGCUGCCACCAAAGCCGCGGUGCCCGGCUCGUACCAGAACGUGGCGGAAGAAGACUACCUGGACGCCGACAUCCUCGCCCGUCGCCGCCGCGAGCGCCAGGAACGGAAUCGUGAUGAUCCAUUCUACAUCUUUGCCCCCGGCGAGACCGACGGAGUGACGGAUGCCGACCUGGAAGCCAUUCCCGUGCUGGAGCUGAAGCUCGAUGAUCUUCCGCACCCCCUUCCCGCCGCGACACAGCCAAGGGAGCGAGAGCGCAUUCAGAUCGUUGGUGAUGAGGGCCUGGAUGGCGACGAUGGCGAGGAGGAGGAGGAGCAGGAGGAGGAGCAGGUCGUCGGCAGGAGAAAGAGGAAGGGGAAGGGAUUACUCCAGGUCGACGCGAGCGGGCUGGUCGGCUACUCGCUCGAGGGCGAGGGCGUCGAAGACGUUAAGCGCGAGGAGGCGCGGGCGGCGCGGAAGGAGGUCGACAGGUUACGGAAAGAGAUGGAGGCCGCUGCGGAGCGCAUAGCCGCGCAGAGAAAGAGUCUGGAGAUGGUCGAGAAGAAGAAGAAGAAACCGAAGAAAGAGGGGGAGGUGGUCAAGAAGAAGGGGAAGAAGAAGGCGAAGGACGCAGAUGCAGGCAAAGAGGGAGAGAAGGAGGCGGAGGGAGACGUAAAGAAAAAGAAAAAGAAGAAGAGUAAGAAGGCUGAAACGGCGCCCGAUACUUCUUCACCUCUUCCUGCUUCCGCCGCUGCUGUGGCGGCUUCAUGAGUUGUGCGGUGCUGGUUUAAUUUUGGCUCUAUUACCUGUACUGUACUCAUACAUUCUUGCCUUCACAAGUCUUACCGUUACCGUUGCAAACUAUCCGCAUUGUGCAUCCACCGCCGUUUCGCUUAAAAUAUUUUUUUCAAACUACUAGCCCAAAGACCAAAGACGUUGUCGAUU